AUAAAAAAAAAAAAAAAAGAGGGUGACAAAUGUGGUAGGUAGGUAGGUAGUCCAGCAGAUAUAGAGCUCGCAAUUACUCUCGGCGCGACAUGGUCGCAAAAAGCCGAUGAAUUUCCCACGGAAUCCAGCGGGAUUUCUCACUUACACCUAAAGCGACAAAUCCCACUCCCAAGAACUCACAAGAAUAAACACAAUCCCCCUUCCCAGCCUGCAUCACCAACGACUUCCAAAUCAGCUUGGAGCUUCUUCUUCCCCUUUGAACCAGCAGCCAUCAUUCAUUGUAACUCGUGCGCUUAUAGCAAAAAACCGGACUUUUGAGAAUUGGGGCAUUAAAAAACCAACAUCCCUUCCCCUCCCACCUUUCCCCCGUCUGUGGCCCCCGCAAAACGGCCGAGCAAAACGAACAACAUCCGCAGCGGGGUUUCUUCCCACAGGAUUCACGCCAAAGUGAUCGCCAAUUUACUUGUACUUUAAUCGCGUGUUCAUGCAUCUUUGUUGCAAUUAGCAUUCCUUCCAACUUCUUGACCAUCACAUGCUUCUGCGCUUUAUAUACCUCAUCGCACACAUCGUUCCCCGUUACCCUCAACAAUUGCUUUGUAAAGAGCUUCAUCGUCUUCUGAUUUUAAUCAAUUCUUUCACCUAUUCUGUCGUCCGUAUCGGCGCAUCGCACGUCGUCUGUGUUCUGUUUGUGACUCCGGAGCUGCCUGCAUACGUCAUAGAGGGCAGCGCAAAAGAAACCCCUGAUCUUCAUCUCUCCGAAACACCACUGCGGGGUAUCAAGAACAGCCUCGCAUACCUACCUUACCUUGUCUAUCUCUAUACCCAAGCCUCGCAUCGUGGCGCCUUUUACUCUCUUCUCGUCGUCCUCGUUGUCGUCGUAUCGAGACCGCUUCAAACAAUCACAAAACACAAACACAGACAGACAGACAGACAGACAGACAAAGAGAGAAAGAGAUUCAGAGAGAGGAAAAGCUUCGCCCAACAUGUCCGGCCCCGUCCCAACCGCCACGUCCCUGGCCGACAUCUACCCGCCGUCGGCCCUCGCCGCAGAGGCCCCGAGAUGGAACGCCCUGCUGGCCAAGUUCCAGACUGAGUUCGGCCGCCCGGCGCGCUUCGUCUCGCGCUCCCCCGGCCGCGUCAACAUCAUCGGCGAGCACAUCGACUACUCGCUCUACUCGGUCCUGCCCAUGGCCAUCACCGCCGACGCCCUCAUCGCCGUCGCCACCAAGCCCGCCGCCCCGGACGCCGCCGCCUUCACCAUCCGCGUGCGCAACGUCCAGGGCGCAAAGUUCCCCCCGGCCGACUUCGACGUGCCCUUUGGCGCCGACGUCGACAUCGACUCCACAAAGUUCGAGUGGACAAACUACUUCAAGAGCGGCCUCCGCGGCGCCCUCGGCCUCCUCUACAAGAAAAGGGGCCCCGACUUCCGCCCCUGCGACAUGGACGUGCUCAUGGACGGCAACGUCCCCGUCGGCGGCGGCCUGAGCUCCAGCGCCGCCUUUGUCACCGCCAGCGCCCUGGCCGUCAUGGCCGCCAACGGCGAGAGCGCCGUCGACAAGAAGGAGCUGACCGAGCUCGCCAUCGUCAGCGAGCGCGCGGUGGGCGUCAACUCCGGAGGCAUGGACCAGGCUGCUUCCGUCUUCUCGGAACAGGGAUCCGCCACAUUCGUGUCCUUCACCCCCAGCCUGUCUGCCCGGCCCGUCAAGUUCCCCCCAACAAGGCCCGAGCUGUGCUUUGUGAUCGCGCAAUCAUUCGUCACCUCCAACAAGCAUGUCACUGGACCCAUCCACUACAACCUCCGUGUCGUAGAGGUUAGCUUUGCGGCUGCUUACCUCCAUGCCAAGCUCAACCCACCCGGCACGGAGCUGCCACAGGACGCAGGCCCCCUUGGCAUCAGCCUUCAGGGGUUCCACGAUGCCUUCUUCUACCACAACGGCGGGUCAGACUACGCUGCCGCCAAGAGCCUCACCAAGGAGGAGGAGCUGCGCCGGCUGAUAGACAUCACCAAGGACACGCUGACCCGCGAGGACGGCUACACGCGGGAGGAAAUCGCCUCCGUCCUCCAAAUGUCCGUGCCGGAGCUAGAGCAGCGCUUCAUGUCCAGAUUCCCCGUCCGCGCCGACCGCUUCAAGCUCAGGCAGCGAGCCCUACACGUCUUCACCGAGGCGCUACGCGUCGUCCAGUUCCUCGCCCUGCUCGAGGGGCCCCUCCACACGGGACGGACAGACACCACCCAGUUCAACCAGGAGCUGGGCAGGCUCAUGAACGAGACCCAGGACUCGUGCAGGGACCUGUACGAGUGCAGCUGCCCCGAGCUAGACGAGAUAUGUCGCAUCUCACGUGGCGCAGGGGCUUAUAGCAGCAGGCUGACGGGAGCUGGGUGGGGAGGAUGCAGCGUCCACCUUGUGCCGGCCGACAAGGUGCAGGCCGUCAAGGAGGCGCUGGAGCAGCAGUACUAUUCCAAGCUGGACCUGACCGACGAGCAGAAGGAGCAGGCCGUGGUCGUGAGCCGGCCCGGUCGAGGGAGCGCCGUCUUUAUAGUUGAGGGAGGCCAACUAAGUUGA